AUGACUGCUUGGCUUUGUUUGCUUUCCCAGAUGGCUUCAAAUGGUGAACCACAGUUGAAUGAUGAUAGUGGAUCAGAGACCGAGGAUGAUGUAACCGAAACCUCACCAACACCGCCACUGACUACGAAGAACAAAAGGCAAAGGGAAGAGAAAGAAACCAGAAGCAGCAAGCGCUUCGAACCAGAAAGCUUCGAACCAGAAAUCAUGGUCUCAAGCAAUGGCACAUCCAACCUGAAGAAACAUAACAUGGUCUCUUGCAAGGCUUUCUCCGCGUGGACAACUGCUAAUAGUGGAAAGAAAGACCAAACCGUGUUGUCUUCUGAUGGUUCUGAUGUUCGACUUUGUAAAAUGUCUGAGAAGGUGAUUAGGGAAGCUUCUAAUGAGAUGAUUGUGUUAGCGAGCUGCCUUUAG